UCACAAUUCUUUUGAAAGGAAGGAGCCUGAAGGAAGAGUGAGCAAUGAACAUGCAGCAAGAGUUCAAGGUAAUGGGCUGAGUCAGAGGACACAACACAUAAAGUUCCAGUCCAGCCUUGGAGAAUGAGGACACCAGCACCAACACUCUUUCGACUGGACAUCAACAACCAAAAAGCCUUCUCCAAGGUCCCCCCAGUAACCAGAUCUUCAGGUUGGUGAUUCCUGGUUCCUAGCACCGCUUCCUUGUAUCCACGAAUGGCCAUGACUGGCUGGAGCUGCCUGGUGACAGGAGCAGGAGGGUUUCUGGGUCAGAGGAUCGUCCACCUGCUGGUCCAGGAGAAGGGGCUGCAGGAGAUCAGGAUCCUGGACAAGGUCUUCCAGCCAGAAGUGAAGGAGGAAUUUUCAAAGCUCCAGAACAAGACCAAGCUGACCAUGCUGGAAGGAGACAUUCUGGAUGAACAGUGCCUCAACACAGCCUGCCAGGGCGUCUCUGCUGUCAUCCACACUGCCUGUGUCAUUGACGUCACAGGUGUCAUUCACCGAGACAUAAUUAUGGAUGUCAAUCUGAAAGGUACCCAGCUCCUGUUGCAGGCCUGUGUCCAAGCCAGUGUGCCGAUCUUCAUCUACACCAGCUCAGUGGAAGUAGCUGGACCCAACUCAUACAAGGAGAUCAUCAGGAAUGGCCACGAGGCAGAACACCAUGAAAGUACAUGGUCUGCUCCGUACCCAUACAGCAAAAAGUUGGCUGAGAAGUCAGUGCUGGCAGCCAAUGGGUACACUCUUAAAAAUGGCGGCACCUUGUACACUUGUGCCUUAAGGCCCAUGUAUAUCUAUGGGGAAAGAAGCCCUAACACUAGUAGUAUUAUGCAUGAGUCCCUGAAGAACAAAGGGAUCCUGAUAAGUACCGGCAAGUUCUCCACAGUCAACCCAGUCUAUGUGGGCAACGUGGCAUGGGCUCACAUUCUGGCCACGAGGGCACUACGGGACCCCAAGAAGGCCCCAAGCAUCCGAGGACAGUUCUACUACAUCUCAGAUGACACCCCUCACCAGAGCUAUGACAACCUCAACUACACCCUGAGCCAAAAGUGGGGCCUCUGCCUGGAUCCCAGACCGGGCCUCCCGCUGCCUCUGCAGUACUGGCUCAGCUUCCUGCUGGAAGCAGUGAGCUUCCUGUUGACCCCAAUUUACAAAUAUCGACCCCCCUUCAACCGCCACUUGGUGACAUUAUCCAACAGUGUGUUCACCUUCUCCUACAAGAAAGCUCAGCAAGAUCUGGGGUAUGAGCCCCUCUUCAGUUGGGAGGAAGCCAAGCAGAGGACCAUGGAGUGGAUUGGUUCCCUGGUGGAACAGCACAGGGAGACCCUGAAGACCAAGACCCAGUGAUCUGAGGACGUCAGGAACGUGCACGUGCUCUUCUGUGGCCAGCUCUGCACGGUGCGCCCCUCUGACUCCAUCAGAUAGUAGCAUGCACA